UGGACUUUCACCAUCCCUCCCCCUCGCUCACUCUCUUCCCACACUAGUAUGGAUUAAAAGCUAAAGACGGCUGAGGAGUCAGGCUUCGUCCUUCCCACUCUUCCCUUUGUUUUUACCUCUUACCUCUCCCCAGCUCUCUGCCAAUCUGUUUUUUUUUUUUUUACCAAAAAACUCUGGUUCAGAGUUUCACGUCUUUUCACGUCCAUCCAUCCAUCAGCUCCCUCUUUGGUUUGGGGUCGGUCCCAGUCCAAAAACUGGGGACAGGACAAGAACUAAAGAAGGACCGACCUGCUGGAAAUGUGGAGAUAUUUUUCAUUUUGUCUCUUGGAUGCACGAGGUGAUAAUUUGACUUGUUCAUGCUCUUUAAGUGACUUUUGAGAUGUUUCCCCGUUAAAAGGACGAAGAUUUCCCGUUCUGUACCUCUGUGGACUUAAUCCACCUGGAUCCUGGACGGUUCUGCACCGACACCGACAUGGCUCCUGUAGAAAAGCUGCUUCAGUCAGUGAUGGCUCGGGAUCGUCUCGUCACCGGUCCAGCUUUGGACUAGAGGCCCGUCGAGUUCCAGCGGACACAGUCCUGUCCAGAAAGACGCAGUCGUUGUCUCGCAUUGACUCUCUGCUCCUCUCGUGUGUCGGAAAGCAUCGUAAUAGCCGAGCGAAGAAAUGGCAAAUCACAGAGACCCUCGAUUUCUGCACAACCUGUCCUACCACCCACGAUGGCAGCACGACUCCGUAAAAGUAAAGAGGAAAAGACACGCGAGGACAGUGGCUACGAACUGUUUCAGUGGAUAUAGUCUGUUUGAAUCAAUAGCAGCUUCAUCAACAUUGUCAUCAAAACCACAGUUGCCAUCGUCCCCUGUGCGACGCUGCAGGAGCUGGUGGGGGAACUGGUUUCUUCUGCCCUUACUCAUGGUCUCAUUUCUGCCCUGUCAAGCCUGGGCGACCACUUUCAAGGUGGCCUUGGUUGGACCUUGGACUUGUGACCUCUUAUACUCCAAAGCCCUCCCUGACUUGGCAGCCCGACUCGCCACCACUCGCAUUAACGCGGACCCCCACCUCAACAAAGGCUACUGGUAUGACUACAUUCUCAUCAGUGAGGACUGCAAGUCGCCCCGUGCGCUUGCUCGCUUUGCCGAGCUGAAAGGUUACGGUGCGGUUUUCUUGGGCCCCGCCAACCCGGGUUACUGCUCCUCAGCUGCUAUGUACGCUAAAGAGUGGGAUAUGGGGAUGCUUUCCUGGGGUUGCCUCAAACCGAACAUGGAAACAAGAGGGAUGUAUCCCACCUUCCUGCGGCCGUUGCCACUGUCUUCCCAUGUACUCUUCACCGUGUUGAGGUACUUCCGUUGGGCCCACGUGGCCAUCAUCUCUGAGGAGACAGACGUGUGGGAGUCCACGGGACAGGAGCUGGCCUCAUCGCUGAGGGCCCUCGGCCUGCCCGUCAACCCCGUGGUCACUAUGAGGGACGACAAGGACGGGCCUCGGAGAGCCCUGGAAGAAGUGCGAGAAGCAGACCGGGUCAGAGUGGUCAUCAUGUGCAUGCCUUCUGUCCUGAUCGGCGGUCAGUCCCAGUACGACCUCCUGACAGCAGCCUUGCACAUGCGUAUGAUUGACCGUGGCUACGUGUUCAUCCCCUAUGACACCCUCCUCUACGCUCUACCCUACAACGGCGCACAAUACCAUAUGCUGGGUAAUGACACCAACCUGCGGAAAGCCUACGAUGGAGUCCUCACCAUCACUAUGGACUCUGGAGAACGCAAUUUCUUUGAGGCCUUCAAAGAUGCUCAGGACCGUCAUGAAAUCCGCAGCAGUACCCCACCAGAGCAGGUCUCUCCAUUCUUUGGCACCAUCUACAACAUGAUGUACUACAUAGCUAUGGCAGCUGAACAAGCCCGCAACGAUGGAGGUGGACGCUGGGUAACGGGUCAGAUCAUGGGCGAUAGCAAGGGCGGCUUCGAAUUUGAAGGCUUCAAUCAGCACUUGAGUGCCGGCAGGAACGGCGAAGGCAUGCAGGCUCGCUACGUGGUGCUGGACUACAGCGGCAUGGGUACAUCUCUCUACUCCACUCAUGCUCUGGUUGCUGCACAUACUGAUGGCAAGACCGGAGGCCUGAAGUACCUCAGUCGUUCGAUUCAUUUUGCAGGCAGCACGCCCUACACGGACUCAGGCUGCUGGUUUAGUCCAUACUUUGCCUGCAGUGGAGGCAUGGAUUCAGUCACCUUCUUCUUCCUUACCUUGGCGUUCAUUGCUUUGGCUGGACUUGGGUUUCAGUUCUUUAUGUUUUUAAAGAGGAGUGGCAGAGUUGGGUUAAGCUUUGGAGGGAUGGGUAGCAGUGGAGCAACAAAGGUAGUCCUGACCCUGGAUGACCUGGUCUUCAUCAACACUCAACUCAGCAAACGGAAGAUCAAUGAUGAGAGUAUCUUGAGAAGCCAGCUUGAUAUGAAGACGCCUCACCACUCCGUGUCCGGACGUAGCUACUUGGCCACCACACCGGACAGCUCGAACGUGGCCGUGUUUGAGGGUGACUGGGUUUGGUUGAAGAAAUGCCCCAGUGGGGAAGUGUCAAGCGUCAACAGCAGCACUGAGCAUGUCUUUGUCAAGCUACGAGACAUGAGGCACGAGAACCUCAAUCUGUUCCUCGGACUGUUCUUGGACUCUGGGAUCUUCGGCGUUGUGACUGAGCACUGCUCCAGGGGCAGCUUGGAGAAUCUGCUCCACAAUGAGGAAGUCCGUCUGGACUGGAUGUUCAAGUCUUCCCUCUUAAUGGAUGUGAUUCGGGGAAUGAAGUACCUGCACAAUCGUGACAUCAUCCACGGACGCCUCAAGUCCCGUAACUGUGUGGUAGACGGACGCUUCGUGUUGAAGGUGACAGAUUACGGCUUCAACGAAAUCUUGAACUGCCAAAACAUCGACUGUGGCGCGGAAAAGCCCGAGAAUCUGCUCUGGACGGCUCCUGAGCUGCUGCGAAGCUCCAGUCUGAGGAGGAGAGGCACCUUCCAGGCAGACGUCUACAGCUUCUCCAUCAUCGCGCAGGAGAUCAUCUGCCGCUCUUCACCUUUCUGCAUGCUGGACAUGCCUCCCAAAGAGAUUAUCAAUAAGGUCAAAGAUCCUCCUCCGUUGUGUCGGCCUGUCAUCUCCGUGGACGAGGCCCCGCUCGACGUGAUCCAGAUCAUAAGGCAGGCCUGGAGUGAAGAGCCGGACAAGAGGCCGACCUUUGAGGAGAUCUUCAAACAGUUCAAGAACAUCACCAAGGGAAAGAAGACCAACAUCAUCGACUCGAUGCUGCGCAUGUUGGAGCAGUACUCCUCCAACCUGGAGGAUCUGAUUAGAGAGAGGACGGAGGAGCUGGAGGUGGAGAGACAGAAGACAGACAAACUGGUUGCUCAGAUGUUGCCCAAGUCCGUGGCUCAGGCGCUGAAGACGGGCAAACCCGUCAAACCCGAGCAUUUCAGUGAGGUCACGCUGUACUUCAGCGACAUCGUGGGCUUCACCACCAUCUCGGCUCUCAGCGACCCCAUCGAGGUGGUCGACUUCCUCAACGACCUCUACACGCUCUUCGAUGCCGUCAUCGGACUGCACGACGUCUACAAGGUGGAAACUAUCGGAGAUGCCUACAUGGUAGCCUCAGGCGUCCCCGCUAGAAACGGCAACCGCCAUGCAGCUGAGAUGGCCAACAUGUCUCUGGACAUCCUGCACUGCAUCGGGACCUUCAAGAUAAGGCACAUGCCUGAUUUCAAAAUCAGGAUCCGUAUCGGCCUUCACUCCGGUCCGGUCGUAGCAGGAGUCGUGGGUCUUACGAUGCCUCGGUACUGUCUGUUUGGAGACACGGUCAACACAGCAUCUCGGAUGGAGAGCACGGCGUUGCCUUACAGAAUCCACGUCAACCAAACCACGGUGGAUCUCCUGAACAGCCUGAAGCUCGGAUACAAGAUUAAUCUCCGAGGACUGAUCGAGUUAAAGGGGAAAGGCAUUGAGAACACGUACUGGUUGGUUGGAAGGGAGGAUUUCAACAAGCCUCUGCCUACACCUCUCGACCUUCAUGGGGGAAGCAACCAUGGCAUCAGUUUAGACGAGAUUCCUGAAGACAGAAGACAAAAGUUCCUGGAUCGACAGAAGAGAUUAGGCUAGCUCGUUUUGUUUUUGUUUCUUUGUUUCCCACAAAGAAAAUGAGAUUUUUCAGAUUUUUCAGAUUUUUCAGAUUUUUCAGAUUUUUCAGAAUACAGAGAGAGACGUGUGAAUGCAAAGCUGAACUCUGCAACAUCAUCGAUGCAAAAUUGAACCACGAAGAGGCGACUGCUCGAUAUCUGUUCAAGGUGUUUUUUAUACAGGCAGAAUAAUACACAAGAAGGGAUUAUGACACGUGUAAUACUUCAUGUACUGUAUGUAUUUGUACUGACGUGUGUGUCAGGUGUAACAGGGUCGACGCUUAAAACACCCGAUAGGUCAGUCAGGGUCGAGAGCUCAGGUAACAGUGUCACUGACUCGUCACACAUUUGAUAAAUGAAGCCAAAAUACGUCAGACUGAGCAUCUGGACUGUUUGUUUAAUAUCAUAUUUAAUUAUUAAUCUAGGAAACAGAAUAUCUUUUUCACUACAGUAGGCCUGUUUGAGUUGAUUUGAUCGAUCUGAAGACAGGAACAGGCUCACAUGAUACUCUGUGGAAGCUGCAGGAUGUUUCUGUUACGAUGCGACACACAGUGUGUAUUGUUUUUUAAUGAUGUGUGUAUUGUUUCUAACGUCAUGCUGACAUCUUCGACCAAAACAUGCAAACGAGACCCGAAACUACGACGAACAGCAGCGCGGCCUAUUACUGAAGACAUGCAGCGUGCACGGCUGGACGAACUGUGCAGCGUGUUGUGUUCAGGGUCUGCUCUGUGCAGGAUGAUCAUCUCCAAUAAUGAUCGAAUGUCUGAAGGUCCUCGGACAUGUUCACUCUCAUGUCCAGUGAAUCUUACACAACAUGUGGGCGUCCAAAAAGGAGAGGACAACAUCUUCUUUGGCCUCAAUGUGUGUGUGUAUAUACUGUAAAUGUGUACAUAGUAGUUUGUGAUCCACACUCAGUCUGUCUGCUGCAGUCCUCGUGUCGAGCAACAAUAGGCAGCGAUGUGAUUUUAAAAACUGACCGCUGACCACACACACACACACACACACACACACACACACACACACACACCGACUUGUCACAGCAGCUCAGCGUCCACACACACACAAACGGACAUGUGAUGGGUUGAUUAUCAGGUUGCGUGUGGUGUAGUCUUUCACACCGUUAAGAGUUUAGCAGCAGAGAGGAAACGUAGGCCUGAAUGAAAACAUGGAGAGAAGCUGUGGAUGGAAGAACAACACGAGUUAUUCCAGUAUCAGUAGGAAAACUUUUUAGAUUUUUAAAUCCAUUUUUGCCAAAUAGAUUCGUCUCAUCCAAACUGAAUGAAGUGUACUGUUCUGCAAAGUGAGCUCAAUGUCUCUGUAAAUAAAUUCUGG